GCGAGGGAGCCGAGGCGACUGCCGGGCCUUUCCUCAACUUGGCGCCUGUUGCUCGUGAUACCCGCGGGAAACCCGAGAGAGGCGCGCGGGCGGCCGAAGCGCAGGGACCAACUUCGGGGACUAGGAACUGGGAGCCCAGCGCCCCGCGCGCCCCGGCUCGGAGCGGAAAGAAGGCGGCCGCCCGCCCGGGCGCCCUCUCGGGAUCCCCGGGCCCUGGCGAGCAGCCCUCGCCCACCCGGCGGCGCCGGGACUUCGUAGAAGAUCGCCUUUCCGGGUGGGCAGGCGGCCAGUUUAGGCCCCGGAGGGUCGGUUGCCCGGGCAACGCGGAAGUGGGUCCCGGGGCGCGCUUCAUCUCCAUCCCGACCCCCGGGCCAGGCUUGGGCAGCGCGAUCCCCUGCCUGGGCCUGAGCCUGAGCCUGAGCCUCGAGGGCGUCGGGGCAGCGCUCACCCACCUGUGCGCGCCGCCCGCCCGUCCCCAUCCAGGCAGCGCCCCGCGGCCCAGGAGCUCCCCUGCCAUGAAGCCCAACUUCACCCUGCGGCUCAGGGUCUUUAACCUCAACUGCUGGUGAGUCCGGCGUUGUUGUGGGGCCUGCUGGCCACGCUUCCAUUUGCACUCAGCCAGAGGUAGGAGGCCCGCCUCGCCUUAGCCAUGUUCUCCGUGGCCCAUUUUCUCCAUGCCGGCGGAACCCUUCUGUGCAGGGGUCCAGGAUCCAUAUCAAGCCGCAGCUCUGGUAGUGCCGGGAGGGCUGAGCACCCCGGCCAUCCCUCUCUGGCCCCUCUCUUCCUCAGGGACAUUCCCUACCUGAGCAAGCACCGGGCAGAGCGCCUGAAGCGCCUGGGAGACUUUCUGAACAUGGAGAGCUUCGACCUGGCUCUACUGGAGGAGGUGUGGAGUGAGCAGGACUUCGAGGCCCUGAGACAGAAGCUGCUGCCCACCUACCCAGCGGCACACUAUUUCAGGAGCGGGCUCAUUGGCAGUGGCCUCUGCGUCUUCUCCAAACACCCGAUCCAGGAACUCACCCAGCACAUUUAUACCCUCAAUGGCUACCCCUACAAGAUCCAACAUGGCGACUGGUUCUGUGGGAAGGCUGUGGGACUGCUGGUGCUCCACCUAAGUGGCCUCGUGCUCAAUGCCUACGUGACCCAUCUCCAUGCCGAGUACAGUCGACAGAAGGACAUCUACCUAGCACAUCGUGUGGCCCAAGCUUGGGAACUGGCCCAGUUCAUCCACCAUACAUCCAAGAGGGCAGACGUGGUUCUGUUGUGUGGGGACCUUAACUCACACCCCAAAGACCUGAGCUGCCGCCUGCUGAAGGAGCGGACGGGGUUGCUUGAUGCCUACCUUGAAACACGGGAUUUCAAGGGCUGUGAAGAAGGCUGUACAAUGGUACCCCAGAACUGCUACGUCAACCAGCAGGAGCUGGAGCCCUUUCCUUCUGGCAUCCGCAUCGACUACGUGCUCUAUAAGGCGGUCUCUGGUUUCUACAUCUCCUGUAAGAACCUCAAAACCACUAUAGACCAUGACCUUCACGGUGUCACACCCCUCUCUGAUCAUGAGGCCCUGAUGGCUACUCUGUGUGUGAGGCACAGCCCCCCACAGCACAACCCCAGCCCCACCCAAGGACCAGCCGAGCAGUCACCACUGAUCAGUGUGCUCAGGGAGGCCUGGACACAGCUGGGCCUGGGCGUGGCUCAAGCUUGCUGGUGGGCUAACUUGGCCGGCUAUGUGACUGGCCUGGGGCUGCUGCUCCUGGCAUUGCUGUGUGCCCUGGCAGCUGGAGGAGAGGCCUGGGAAGUUGUCAUGCUGCUCUUGACCCCCAGUGUGGGAUUGGUGCUGGGGGCGGGUGCAGUCUACCUCUUCCACAUGCAGGAGGCCAAGGGCUUAUGUCGGGUCCAGGCUGAGCUCCAGCACAUGCUGGGAAGGGCAAGGGAGGCCCAGGACUUGGGCUCAGAGCCUCAGCCAGUCCAGUUCCUGGGGCGGCAGGAGGGGGACAGAGCUGAGGAGCAACAAUAAAGCUUGACACUCUUGA